AUGGAUAGAAAAAGAAAGGCUAUAGAUGAGGGCCAAUCUCGGUCGAACAAGCUGCAGAAAUCAGUUCCAACAGACUGUUCUGGUGGAGAUUACAGUGACCAUGUGUCCGAUGCUGAAUCCGUUUCCUCCUACUACCUGAGUGACAAUAGCGACGGGUGUCAGAGCCAAUCGAAAACACCCAUCACUCCUUAUUCUCCAGCGGCAUCGAUACGAUAUCCCUCGGACCGCAAAACACAUUGCUGUCCGUAUGAAAACUGCAGCAAAGCUUUUAAUCGACCUGCUCGACUAGCGGAGCAUAUGAGAUCACAUACAAACGAGCGCAUUUUCACUUGUGAAUACGAUGGCUGCGACAAAACAUUCCUCCGAGCGUCUCAUCUCAACCACCAUGUCAAGAGCGCACAUACCUUGGUUCGAGACUAUGUAUGUGAUCGGGAAGGAUGUGGAAAAACAUUCGUAACAGGAUCAAGAUUACGAAGACAUCUAGCAGCGCAUGAAGGACGAGAUAAAUACCGAUGCGUGGAAUAUCCGCCAUGUGGUGAGACAUUCCGAAAACACUCAACGCUGCAGAAGCAUGUUACAAUGGUUCAUCUAAAGCAGAAGCCCUUUCCGUGCCCGUAUAUUGACCCUGUAACUGGAAAACAAUGCCCACAGGGCUUCGAUACCGCCGGCCACCUUCGAGCCCACCAGGGAAGAAUUCAUGGCGGAGCUCGGUUUACUUGUAUGGAAUGUCUAAAUUCGUUGGCUGGGGCUAGUUCGAUACCAGAAGAAGAGCCUCUAGUAAGUGGAAAAUACAGCUUUCCAACCUACGCUUUACUUCAAACUCAUAUUCGAUCCGCCCAUCCUCCAAUUUGCCCUGAGUGCUCGCUCGCUUGCUCUUCAUCGAGGGAACUACGACGUCAUAUGGAAAUAGCGCACUCCAAUCUAUCUCUUGAAGAAAGACGUGUGCAUCCGUGCGAAUAUCCCAAUUGCGGGCGUAGUUUCACUAAGAAAGGAAAUCUAAAUGUGCAUGUUAAAACGGUGCACGAGGGCGAAAAACGAUUUAUCUGUGGUGAAACAGAUCUCUCCACGUCCAAAUACCUAGAGGCCUGGACUGGCCAAGAUGCCUGUGGAAAAAGAUAUGGAAGCAAACUUGCCCUCGAAGAGCAUGUUCGAACCUCACACUUAGGCCUUAAGAAUGUAAAGGUGGAACGAAGGGAGCAAAUGGGUUUGACAGCAAUAUUGAAAUCAAGAUCUACGGUCCCAUCGAAGUUAGCACUACUUACUGGCGAUGGCUACACUGAGGAAUCGGGUCGACAUAUUCCAUGCUUGAUCGAGGGGUGCCAGUAUCUUUUCCGUCGUGAUUAUGACCUUUGGCUUCACAUGGAAGCAAAACAUGCACUGCAAGAGAAUGAUAUACAGAUCCUUUUCAUGCGGCGGGCGAUGUAUGGUGGCAAUCAUUGCUUUAAUCUCAAUUUUGAUUCGCUUCAGGUUGACAUUCAAGCUCCUGGGGUGGAAUCGAGCUAUCAAGAUGGUGUCGGCGGUGAUUUUUUUCUACAGGAUACCAAUUUAUUUGAUGGUCAACCCCUCCCAGAUGAAAGUGGCGACAGGAUUAUGACGAAUUAUGAUGAUGAUGAUUGUCUAGAGGCUAUUGACCCUCUGUUAGAAUAUACGAUAGCUCAACAAUAA